GGUGGAGCUGUCGCUGUUCCCGAUCCUAUAUGCAUCUGAUGCAGCAGAGACCCCGCUCUUCAUGGAGAUCUUCAAACACCCGCCUCCAGCGAGAAUAAACGCUUCUGGACUGAAGGAAACACACUCUUUAAGAUUCAAUACAGACAACUCCUGCUCCAAACAAGUUAAAGAUGACCCACCCACCAAACCAGUGACUUCCAGAAAAGCCUACAGCAUUCCCAUUCAACACCUCAUCCACAAUGAACAUUUCUGAGACCACCCUGCCCUUCUGGGGCAUGCAUAGCAACUCCAGUCCUGCUUCAUACAUCCUGAACGCCACUGAGACCCCAUCCCACAACAAGCCGAAAGCAUGCGAGCAGCUCAAUAUCGCCACCGAGGUGUUCCUCAUCCUUGGCAUCGUCAGUCUACUGGAAAACAUCCUGGUCAUCUGCGCCAUAGUAAAAAACAAAAACCUACACUCGCCCAUGUAUUUCUUCGUCUGUAGCCUGGCAGUAGCCGACAUGUUGGUGAGCGUCUCCAAUGCAUGGGAAACCAUAGUCAUCUACCUGCUCACCAAUCGCCAACUAGUGGUGGAGGACCAUUUCAUCAGACAGAUGGACAACGUGUUUGACUCCAUGAUUUGCAUCUCUGUGGUGGCGUCCAUGUGUAGUCUUCUUGCUAUAGCUGUCGAUCGUUAUGUCACAAUUUUUUACGCUUUGCGAUACCACAACAUCAUGACGGUGCGUCGAGCUGCACUAAUCAUCGGAGGGAUUUGGACCUUCUGUACUGGAUGUGGAAUCGUCUUCAUAAUCUACUCCGACAACACAUCCGUCAUUGUGUGUUUGGUCUCCAUGUUCUUCAUCAUGCUAGCGCUCAUGGCCUCCCUUUACAGCCACAUGUUCAUGCUGGCACGUUCUCACGUCAAACGCAUCGCCGCUCUGCCAGGCUACAACUCCAUCCACCAGAGAGCCAGCAUGAAAGCAGCCGUCACCCUGACUAUCCUUCUGGGAAUCUUCAUCGUCUGCUGGGCUCCAUUUUUCCUCCAUCUCAUCCUUAUGAUUUCCUGUCCCAGAAACCUUUAUUGCAUGUGCUUCAUGUCUCACUUCAACAUGUACCUCAUUCUUAUCAUGUGCAAUUCCGUCAUCGACCCACUCAUUUACGCUUUCCGGAGUCAGGAAAUGCGGAAAACGCUCAAGGAAAUCAUCUGCUGCUAUAGUCUAAGAAACGUCUUUGGAAUGUCUAGGUAACGACAGAUCUAAGAAAUAACUGGAUUAUCAUUUCAAAUCUUUCCAUUUUAAAAUCCCUCUUGAUUUAGAUGGAUACGAUGUGUGGAUUGUAUGCAUGUAUGGAUGGAUUUAGAUGGAUAGGAACUCAUACAACGUAAAAACAUGAUCCUCUGGCAGGCAAAUUCUAAAACUUGGAACUCUUCAAUGGACAAAGACGCAGUAUAUUGCAUAAUGAUGAGACAUUUGCCGUAGAAUUAAGGAGGCCUUAGUACUCAUUGAACGUUAUAAUCUUUGACAGACAAUGUGAUUUAAUAUCACAAUCUCCAGGGAAACGGAAGAGCUGUUGAUCAAAGCCUGUGGGGAAAUCAAGUGCAAUCAUUCUCAAAUUAACUGUGCAAAGCACAGCCUGUCAUUGACAUUUAUGUUGUAUGGGUGAACUGAAACUGUAAUAUAGCAUGCAAUUUGCACUGCUGCAUGUACUGUGUGGAUGGCAAAGAAAGAACAAGACCCUCCCAAGAUGAAAUUCAAAGACAAACCAUUGCUAGACUGCAAUCUAUUUAAAAAGGCAUCAUUUACACACGCAUUACAAGACUGAAAGAUAAAGUACAAUGCGCACUGGUACAAAAUAAAGAGACAGAGUGACAGUGACAUGCGUUCACUGUCAUGCUCUUCACUAAAGGUGUGAGAAAAUGGCAGCAAUUCACUGCAUUUUCCAAAGUCUUUAAAGACAUAAUAGGUUUGUAAUAGAUAGAAACCUUCCAAGUAUGCCUGUCUAACAAUCUGUGGAUGUCUAUGUAGCUGCAUAUAGAAAGUAAAAAGUAUAUAUUAUGACUAUAUAUGAUAAGUUAUGCUGUGCCACCACCAGAAUAAAAAGCAGAUAUAAAUAUUGCUCACUUGUUCUCACAACAAACAAUGUUACACAUGUGGGAAAUUGGUGUAUUAUAAAAGCACGAAUAUGUACUUGAAAUAAUGAGUUUUUCUUGUUUGCUGUAACUACCACUGAACCUUAAAAUGUAAAGAGAUUAAGUUCUGUUGCUUUUUAAUGUAAAGUAUGUGCAUUUUUCAGGUGGAAAAUCAAUGGUCUGUUUGCUGCUUACAGUCUACAGUCACUGGAUAAGUAAAACUGUACUGAAAUUAUGGAGGUGAAAGCAAGUGUUUUGUUGGUUGUUGUUGCAUCGAGCCUGCCACUCUAUAACAAUUACAGUCAAGACAAACAAUUGCUAGAAAUAAAAUAAGGAUUAUAUAAAUAAUUACAUUGAUUAACCAAUAUUAAUUUACUUCAAACCACAUUUGUUUACAACCAAUUAAUAUUGAUUGGAUGCAAUUAUAUUGAUGUGUUCAGGAAGCUGGGGCUUGUUUUCAUACUGUACCUUUUGGUCACACUUUAUUUUGAUGGUCCGUUUGUUGAAUUUAAGUUACAUUGCAUUUACAUGCCAACUAAUUCUCAUUAGAUUAUAAGUAGACUGUUGUGUAAGUUGACGUACUUGCAAAGUUUCUUAUAGUCAGUUAAAUGUCUGUUGAAGGAGCAGUAUCAACAGAUAUUAAGCAGACAGUCUACUAAAACUCAAAUGGACCAUCAAAAUAAAGUGUUACCAAACUUUUUUCCAAGUUAAUAUUAAUAUUUUUACAUUCUUAAAAUUUACAUAAUAUUUUAUACAUUCUUAUUUAUGAAACAUUACAUUUUUAAUUAAUGAAACAUAAAAUAAUUACAAAUAUACAACUUCAUAACAUACAAACACCACAAUUUAUCCUAAUAAAAUAUCUAUAUCAUAUAAAAAUACAUUUAACUUUGGAUUUCGCAAUUGGGGAGAUAAUUACCCAUUGCAAAAUCAAGCCACAUUUUCCCAUUUGGUAGAAAUUGGUAGAAAAAAACAGUUUACAAAAUGAAUGUACUUCAAAUUUCAUAUGUAAAUCUGUUCAUGCUAUGUAAAUUUUAUGAAAUGUUUAAUAUAUUUAUAUAUAUAUAUAUAUAUUAUUUAUAUAUAUAUAGUCGGGUAUGUACAGUUGAGUAAACAUUCUUGUUUUGUUGAGUCAGAAUUUAAAAGUGUAAUGUUAUGUCUCUUGUUAUUGCUCAGACUGUAUAAAAAUGUUUCAUUUAGUAGUUCAUUGAUUAUUCCCCAAUUAUUUUUAAUUUUCCCCAUUUCAUUUGGAUUCAAAUGUUAAGUUCAAAUCACUGUGCAAGCAUUGAAGUAUUAUUUCAACCCUCCUUAAAUGGGCUUAUGAUCAUAGGAUGUGCCUUCAUUUGAAUGCAGUCAGAAUGACCUACAGGUUGUCUGAUCUGUUCUCUCGCUCUCUCAGAGGCGCAUUAACUGCUCCUGUGCUCAGGUCUGCUGGCUCUCCACGAAGAAUCGAUGACAAUCGGUCUCUAAACCCCCUUGCUGUUUCAGACAAAACCCAUGUGUAUCCCAUUCCUCACUAAAUAAUUUGCUCUGGAGUGGUUUCACAUUCAUAGAUCAUAAUUAGACAACCAUUAUUAAAAACAAGAAGAAGAAUCUAAACAUCCAAAGUGCCACUCACAGCAGAAAAAAAGACUUGUUUUUUUUUCAUUCUUGUGUUAAGUGAAACAGCUGGUAAGUAAUUUGGAUUUGAGUGAACAGCGGUUAUGCUCCUCACACUGUGAUAAAUGCUUUGUGCAUCUGUGUUAUGCUGUGCAAUCUCUUACCUUCAUGUAUUUGCCUGCAUGUGUAAUUAAAAUAUAAUAAACCUC